AUCCAGCCGCAGCCGCAGCCAGGCUGGUGAGGGGCUGAGCCCGGCAUGAAACAUUCAUGGUGCUUGUCCAGCCAACAGAAAGGCAGCCUGGGCCGGGCUCCCAUGGAAGAUUGAUGAGGGAGGGCUGGUGGGAGCUGGCAGCGAGGGCUCAGGCCGCAGGAUGCAGGUGCCCAUGGAGCCCCGAGCAGCCCCUGGGGCCAUGGGUGAGCCGGGGGGUCAGCACACCCUGCCCCAGAUGCAGCUGGAGGAGAUCGCCAGCAAAAUUUCAGACCUAAACAAAUGGAAAGAAAUCUUCAGUUUUCACGGUUUGGAAAUCAGCAAUCCAACUCAUCAGGUAACAUUCUGUUUUUGUCUGGUGGUUUUUCAGCACCGGACCAGCACUGGCCAUGGACCACCUGGAGCUGGAGAGCCCAUGGGGCCACCACCACCACCUCAGCCCCCUUCCGCUGUCCCCAGGCCCCUCCUGGUCCCUCCAGACACGGGCGGCCAGCCCAUCUCCUUGGAAAUGGCAAUGGGGCUGCGGCAGCUGCUCUUCGGAAACGUGUCCCACCGCUUCAGCUGCGAGUGGGCACAAGCCAGCUUCAGGUUCCGGGGGCCAUACUCUGACCUGGCCUACGCUUUGGAGGCAGAAAAGAAGGGAACAAGAGCCCUUCUGAUGGCUGUACAAGCACACAUCAUCAAAUACCUGCUCUUCGUAAGGAACACAGAAGAUACUCACCUGGAAAGGCUGGGCAGCAUCGGCCCGCGGGCGCAGCGGGAGGCUCUGGCCGCGGCCCUGGCAGAGCUGCUGUGGGCAGCGGCAGCGGGGGGCAGAGCCGCCGUCUGCCUCCUCACCCCAGCCCUCCGCCUCGUCCCGCGAGCAGACUACACAGCCGACAGCUUCACGGAAAGGAUCCAGCUGUUUGAGUUCUCUGAGAAAGCAGCAGCUCAGGAGUUCAUCUUUGACCAUAUAAAUUGUUUCAAAGGUGAAGGAAGUCAUGGAGUGAUCCUAUUUUUAUACAGUUUACUUUUCUCCAGGACACUGGAAAGGGUCCAAGAAGAUUUAGGCUGCACAGCAACUCCUCUGUUAGAUUUCAAUUCUGGAAACAUCACCUGUACAGAGGCCAUGCUCAGCCUCCUCCUCACAGGCCGAGCUAGCCCACAGGAGCUGGAUGGUGGCCCAGAGCCUGGACCUGGCAGUGAGACCGUAGAGGGGCAGGGGUGGAGGGGCCCGGUGGGCUACCUGCGCUGGGGCCGGGGGCUGGAGGAGCAGGUGUGCCGGGGGCUGCGCACCCCCCGGCUGCCGGUCUGGCUGUGCGGCGGGGCCGGCGGGCACGUCGUGCUCUUCAGCACCGACCGGCAGCUCCUCUCCGACUGGAAACGGGAGAGACUCUUCCAGCUGUACCUGUACAGCGGGCAGCGGGAGCAGAGGGGAACAGCCCGGCUGACUGUAGACACUCAUUCACAUCACUGGGAAAAGGAACAAAGUGAAGACCCAAGCAGCACAGGGAAGAGGCGUCGGUCCGUGGAGAUGGCAAUCAGGACCAAGUGGGCAGGUGCGACCAUCAGCUGGAAUGGGACAGAGCCCUUUUUCUGAGGAGCCCAAC